UGGGUGUUGCGUCCGCUCCGAGACGGACGUGUCUGCGUGUCGUGUGUGCUUCUCUUUCUGUGCUGUGCAUCGGCGCGCUGCGUGUGUCGACCCCUGCCCUGCAAGUGUGUGUGUUGUUUGUGUUGUUUCUGUGCGCGAGUUGGCGCCCGCGACGCCGCGCCGUGAGGACACAAGGAUAUAACCCAGCUUACCCGGCCGUGCGCAUUGGAUUGCCGCCGUGUCGUUGUUCGAGUGCUCCGUGCUGGAUACACGCGCACCCCCGUCACCAUGGUGGGAGAGUGAGCGAGUGGGCGCUCCCUCGAUGCUGCAGGCCUGCUGACCCCGAGUGUGUGUGUGCGUGUGUGUGUGAGCGAGUGAGUGUGUGUGAGUGUUGGUGGUGACCUCUUUCGUCUGUGUGAGAGGGUGUGCCAGGACACCCACCCUCCGGCCACCAAAAUUCGGGUCAAAAACAGAGAACCGGUCCCCCUGUACCAGCAGAUGGAGCACACUGAAGGCAGUGACAUGGAAGAUGGCAUGGUAAGCUUUCGAGCUUCAGAAGCCUCAGAAGGACGUUGGUGGUCAGGGGAUAUGUACGGCAGCGGAGGGACGGUGAGUGGCGGAAUCGAUUUGGCCAAUAAGACGGGAUCCGUUUCGGUGAGUGGAUCUUUUAGAUGGUGGAACAAAAAAUGCGAGACUGCCUUCCCGUCCAACAACGAGGAGGAGGCGAGCGACCCGGAGCUCGGCGAUGAGGACAGCGACGACGUCCUCCGGCGCCUGCCUGUCCUAGGCGGGCUGGCGGCCGGGCUGGCCGGCGGCCUGGCGGGCGCGGCCGCCGCCGGGGGCGCGUCGACGGGGCCCGGCGACGCGAGCAGCCCGCACUCCAACGGUGACCCCGAGGAGGGCGGCGACGUCUCGGGCGAAGGCGAGCCUGACCAGGAUCACGACGACAGACCCGAGGACCACAAACAGAACAACAACAAUAACAGCAGCAGCAACAACAACAACAGCCUGGGCAGCGGGCGGUCGUCGUUGGAGCGGGAGCUGUGCCGGCCCCCCAGCGCGCCGCACGGCCAGCCGCACGGCCAGCCCCCGCCGGGGCUCACCCCCAGCAGCACCGCCACGCCCUUCUCGCUGCCCUUCCCCUUCCCCCACCCCGCCGCGGCCGCCGCCUUCCUGCCGCCCCCGGGCGCCACCCCCAGCAGCACGCCCGGCGCGGCCGCCAACCCCCAGCACCGGCACUCGGCCUCGUCGGCGUCCUCGCACUCGUCCGAAUCGUCCACCUCGUCACAGCAGACGUGGAGCUUCGAAGAGCAGUUUAAACAGGUGCGGCAGGUGAGUAACGAGCUUACCUCAUCUGUUAGUCCUUCGCCCUCCAGCCUGAGCAACGGAGUAGUGGGUGGAGUUUCUCUUUCUUCCCGCAUCGGAGCCGACAUCAUUUCGUUAUAUGAAAUCAACGACGACCCCAAAAGGAAGGAAUUCCUGGACGACCUCUUCAGCUUUAUGCAGAAACGAGGGACCCCGAUCAACCGCCUCCCCAUCAUGGCCAAGAGCGUGCUGGACUUGUACGAGCUCUACAAGCUGGUGAUCGCGCGCGGUGGCCUGGUGGACGUCAUCAACAAGAAGCUCUGGCAGGAGAUCAUCAAGGGCCUGCACCUGCCCUCCUCCAUCACCUCGGCCGCCUUCACCCUGCGGACACAGUACAUGAAGUACCUCUACCCCUACGAGUGCGAGAAGCGGCGCCUGUCGACGCCGGCCGAGCUGCAGGCGGCCAUCGACGGCAACCGGCGCGAGGGGCGGCGGUCGUCGUACGGCACGUACGCCGACAUGGUGCAGCGGACGCCGGGCGGCGGCGGCGGCGGUGGCGGGGGCGGUGGCGGCGGCGGCCUCAUCGGCGGCCUCGUCGGCGGCCUGCCCGGCGGCGUCCAGCUCUCGGCGCACCCCUCCCACCCGGCGCACCCCGCGCACCCCGCCCACCCCUCGCAGAUGUCGCCCCUCAGCCUGGUGACCCAGGGCGGGCGGCUGCUCAACGGCAACGGCCACUACAACCACAACAACCACCACCCGCUGCUGCCGCCCCCAGGAUCAGGGCCCACCCCCGCCGAGCUGGAGAACCGGAUGGCCGAGUACAUGAAGCUCAUCAGCAAGGAGCUGCGCAACUCUGCCGGCACGCCGCCCCUCUCGAGACAGGGCUCGCCGCCCACCUCGCCGCGCGAGGCGACCAUGAACGCGCUGGAGAUGUCGCGGCUGACGCUGUGGAACAUCUACAACAACAACACGCUGGGCGCCGGGCUGGGCGCGGCGGGCGCGCUGGGCGCCAUGGGCGCGGCGGGCGCGCUCGGCUCGCUGGGCGGGCUGGCCGGCGGCCUCGGCGGCGCCAUCGCCGGCGGCGGCGGCGGCGACCCGGCCGACGCGGAGCACCCCGCGCACCCGGGGCCGGCCGAGCCGCAGCGCGAGGCGCUCAACCUGGGCGUGCAGCGCCAGCAGCAGCGCGAGCGGGAGCAGCUGCAGCAGCGGGAGCGCGAGCGGGAGCGGGAGGUGGCGCGCGCGCAGCGGGAGCGGGAGAGCCAGCGGGAGCGCGAGCGGGAGAGCCAGCGGGAGCGGGAGAGCCAGAGGGAGGCGACCAUCAAGCGGGAGCCGGAGGAGGCGUUCCUGCCCCCGGCCAAGAGGCCCGCCCUGCAGGACAGGGAGCGCGAGGAGGACGCGCACAGCCCCAGCCCCGUCAAGGCCGCGGGGACACACAUCAAGAUCAACAGCAGAGGUGACGGCCGGCCAGGGUCGGAUAACUCCCUAGUGGUGAGCAUGGACAUCAAUGGCAUCAUGUACCAAGGGGUACUCUUUGCCCAGCAGGCGGUCCCGCGAACCAGCCGCGUCUCGUAGAGAGCGCACAACCCUAUUAGGCCUCUCGAUUUUGUAGUCCGCUUUCAGAUUUCUACCGUUUCUCGCCCUCUUUAUCUUCUUCGCCUUUCAAGGUUUUCUUGUCAACUCCCACGCCAUCCACUUGCCCCGAUGGACUCGUGGUAGCGGAGAAGCGGCCGUUGAUUGUACAUACAAAGUUUUGUUUUAAUUUUAUAUCCCUGUGGAACUUUGGAACCGGACUACAACGUGAAUUGUUGUUGACUCCUACAUUACAUUCAAAUUCGUGUUUUUCCAUGGGUGAGAGUGUGUAUGUAUGUAUGCUUGUGUAUGUAUGUAUGUUAAAUGUUGCAAUUGAUUGUACAUACUACACAAUAGUACCCCACCUUUUUUAUUUUUUAUUAUUAUUUUUUUGUUAUUUUGCAUCAGGUGAAUACCGUGAUGUUUUCAAAGAGUAGCGUAAGUAAAUUGAAAGUGUGUAAUUUUUAAUGUGGUAAGCUUCGGGUGGGUAGCCAUUUGCCAUAGAAUAUGAGAAAUGUCUUUGCUAGUGUUGUACCCGGGGGUAAAUGUGAAUGUCAUGAAAGACUAGGCUACCCAUACCAGAGAGUUGAGUAUAUGUGGAGUAUGUGGUGAUAAAACUUUAGGAGCCUGGGGAAAAUAGUCUAUGGACAGGCACUUGUAUUCUCUCUAGUUCCCUCUCCCUUCUAAUUAUACCUUAGAGAAAUAGUAAAUUAUGUAGAAAAAUGUCAAAGUAGCCGAGUAGUUCCAUUAUUCCCUAGCAGCCUCUAGCAAAACUGUCAUCUACUGAUGAUAAAUUUUCCUUGCCCUCGUGUAUCGUUUAGGACACUGACUCACAAGUGUGAAAAUCUGUUUACAUUUUUGUUGUGUAUGGUGUGGAGUUGUUAUUUAAUUACUCUGUUUUGUUGUCAAGGAUGAUCUCAGCUUAUGGCUCCGUUCGCACGUAGCGAUGACAUUCCCUAGCUUAGUCACGCGGGCUCGUCCGCAAGAUGAAAAUUUACAAUGUUUCUUCAUUGAUAUAUCUAUUUCGCACUGGCAACAAGAGAAAGUUGCCUUUUCAAACUAAGUCUGAAGGCUCUGCCUUCUCCUUUAUAAGUUAAAGUAAAUUUAUGUGAUCAUUUUCUUGUCUUUUAGCAUGCAUAGAGGAUGUAAAUGUCCAAAAAUAUUUAUUUAUAUACCCAUGCUACUCUCAUGACAGAGGAAGUCUGUCAAGAACAUGAACAAAUUUUCAUCUAGAUGUGCAGCCCUAACAAACCAAAUUCUUAUUGCUGUAUGUAGAUAAUUGAUAUAAUAGUAAUUAUUAUUAUUAUUACUUGUAAUUUUAUUAUAGUUUAUAUUCUGAUUUUUGUGUUGAUUCUGAGUUAUUAUUGUGUUCAUUGAUUUGAUAUCACAAUGUUAGAUUCUCUCAGCCGAAUGCAAAUUGUGAUUAUUUGAUGUACAGAAAUUGUUGGUUGCAGCCUGCAUAUUGUGUGUUUCUCCCUUUAAACUGUUUUUAUUAAUUGCGUUGGCAUAGAGUCAUUUUUUUGUGUUUUUAGUGCAACUUGUGUAUAUUUUUAUAUUAUUCUAUGUAUACUUAUAUAUAUAGCAAACACGUCUGAUGGACUCAGCCAAUGAUGUAAAAUAAACAUUUUAUUCAAAAAGUUAA